GCCAGAUUACAACUGCAGCGGCGAACAGCUGACUGAGGACAUUUGCGUCAGCUGUGCGGGGGAGUUGAGGGGUGCUGUAAAAUUUUUGGGCGUGUUUGCCAGCGGAAGAAAAGCGUGAAAAGUACGAAAAAUCGAAACGGAAUGAGCAGGAUAAACUGCAGAAAGUGAACCAGUGACCAUGGUGAGAAGCACAAUCCUGGCCACCUACAACCAGACACCGGUAGCCGGCGUUGGACGGCUGGCCAUCACUAAGAAGCUGGUGCUCUGGUUGGUGCUGGUGCUGCAGGUGGGCUUCAUCGGCUGCAUAUGGCUGCUGCAGAUGAGUCGUGGCCAGGAGUCCCAGCAGCGCGGUGCAAUGGACCAGCUUGGCGGACGGGUGAACUUCGUGGCCAGCGGUGAAGCGCCUAUGGAAAAGAUGACCCUUGUGGGCGGAACCCAUUGUCCGCAUCAGCAGGAGAAUGUCAACCGCUACGACAGGGACUUUUAUCAAAUGAAACCGGAACGACUGAACGAAUCCCACCUGCCCGACUACAACGUGCCCGCCUAUGUGGACGCGGAGAUGGGCCUAACCCCAAACCUCUGGUGCUAUCGCGAGGGUACCAUCAAUGAGAGCCAGCGGCUCAACGAUGUGGACUAUCUAAUGGCGCCGCCGCAGUGCAGAUGUGAAAUUGGCUGGCACGGCAGAGAUUGCGGCCAGCCGGAGAUCAUAUGGCGAGCCCUGAUGACGUCCAAUCGGGCCAGUAAACGAGGCGGAAGCACACCGCUUCAACUGAUCGAGGCCAGUUCUACUUCCCUGCACCGCCUGUUCUAUAUGCUGGAACUGGGCGCCUGGGAUCACCUAAGUCUGGAGCUCUUGGAGCUGCAAAUUCGAGCGCUCAUCGAGGUUGUUGACUACUUUCUCAUAUACUAUGUGAGCAACGGCAGCAAGGAGCGGAGUCUGGAGAGCAUGCUGGGCAGCCAAACGAGCUACACACUACUUCGCUGCUCCUCCGAGAGCAACUGCAGCAGCUCAAUGGCCUACAGUCACUUCAGACGGCAGCUGUGGCAGCAGUGUGGUGUCCAAAUGCAGGCGCAGGAUCUGCUGCUCCACGGGGACAGUGGAACGGUCUACGCGCCAGCAGCUCUCAAGUUUCUCAAGUACUAUGCCAAGGAUGUGCUGCCGCUGAAAUUCCGUUUGAAGUACAAUGUGUAUGGAUUCUACUGGCAGCAUCCGAAGAAGACCCUCCUAAAUGGGGUGAUAAGUUCCUUGGGGCACCUGCACAGUGCCCAACUGGAUGCCCACCGGCUGCACCGGCUGGCGAGCAGCACACUGGGUGAUCUCAACCACUACGGCGGCUGGAACUGCGAGCUGUGCCUGCCCCCCGAGCAGAUUGUGCUCCUGCUGCAGAGCUCCAACCACCGAAAGCUGCCAGUAAAGCUACCCAACGAUACCCGCAAUGCCCACAUCGAUGCCAACUACAUGCAGCAACUGAUAGCCAAUGGAGUUCACAUCGAUGGCACCACGCAGCUGCACCGCUUGCGGGAGCAGAGCGAGAAGUAUUUCGCUCCGGAGGAGGCGCUCCAGCACAGCAGCCAGUAUGGCCAGCUGCUGGUGAACCUAUACGAUGUGGACGUCCUGGAAGAUCUGCAGGACGAAGACUAACUACGCCUGCCGAAGUUUGACUUGGGCAUGGCAGCCUAUCGAACCAGCAUAAACCUACGAAUAUAUAUUUAUAUGUGCCUGCUUUUGAGUCCCCAUCAAAGUCUAACAAUCUCAUAAUCAUCAUAUCAUACUCUGCCUCCUAAUCCACUCAUGCGAAUGCCCUUCUGUGUUUUUGGCCAGGUGAAUUCCAAAUUUAGUAUCUCAGCAGACAGGACAGACAGACCCGCCAUCUGUGAUAAGAAAAACCAGAACUAAACAAUGAAUUUAUGAGAGGAAGUCGAUGCAACCAACUGAGAGGAGUCUCAAAUUUGCUGGAAAAAGUUGUGAAUUGGGUUGAUCGCAAUUUAGCAUUAUUUUUAAGAUAUAACACACACGAUCUGUAUGAGAAAGCUUUUUAGAUUUACUUUAAAUAUUGAUACCAAUUAUCAGAAGGCAAGCAAAUUUAAGCGAAUUUAGUUUUGGUUACAAUUUUGAAGCGUGAUUUGUGUUAUUAGUUUAUUACUAACGUACCCUAAUUAUAAUUAGACGAAAAUUUGUUGACCUUCCAGAUCAAUUCAGUAUUUAUAAAAAUAAAAAUCUAUUGGAAUACUCA